AUGAAUCCUCGAGGCUCCUUUUCAAGUAGCUGGGCGUCAUUGCAUGCAGAUGACGUGUGCUUCGAGGAAUGGAGCAUCUGGGCGGCGCAAUACAAGCACACGACGACUCCAGAACAGAUGGAGGAGAUGUUCGCCGCGAUCGCCGAGCAAGGAAUCACGAGAGUGAACGUGAACGUGUUCACAAACGGAAUCUUGUAUGCAGAAUCCCCCGUCGCCAGGAUUUACAACGUCACCAUCGGGGACGAUCGGUUGUCGUGGGCCGUGGAGUCCGCCCGGAGACAUGGACUCACCCUUUACGCGUGGAUGGAAUAUGGGCAAGGCGUGGAACACGGCUCUGUCCCGACCAAUCCCUUCGCACUCUCAGCCGACGCGAACGAUUGGCUUCUUUACAACAUUCGAGACGGAGAGAAGGUGUACUUGUCCGAGGAGAUUCCUCACGGUAUCAUCUACAUGGACCCGACAUUGGGGGAAGUGGGAGACUUUCUGGCAGCCCUGUCCGGUGAUCUGAGCGAGCGAUACGACGUCGCUGGGAUCCAGUUGGACGAUCAUUUUGGAGCCUUUGCCGGCUAUGACAAGCUGGAUGCCAUGAGUCCCGAAUACAAAUAUUCCCUCAUGAAAUCUGUGGCAGAGAAAAUCCGAAACUCGGUGCACUCAAAUGGAAAAUUAUUUUCUUACUCUCCUCCGAGACUGGGAUGGUGUAAACCUUACCUGUUUGUCGAUUGGGCAAAAUGGUACUUCCAAGGUGUUGUCGAUGACCUCGUUCCCCAAUAUUACAGACGGGAUGCUGAGCUUGUUCGCCAAGACCUGGAAGAAGAUUUGCCCGAAGUGGAUAGCUGGGAAAUGGGUUUGUUGGCAGGACUUCGUCUUACGGGAUCCUGCUGCCCUGAAGACACGGAUCCCGAGGAAAUUGCUUCCAUGAUACAAAUUGCCCAUGACUUCGGUCUCAAAGGGGUCUCGUUCUGGUUUGUGGAUGCCAUAAUGGACGGAGGCUUCACCUCCUUCCUCAGGCGGGUAGAGAAGUAUCGGCCUGCCUCUCUUGGUGACCUCAUCUCACAUCAAGAUAUCAUAAACACAAUUUCCAGGUUUGUGGAGGAAGAUCGUUUACCCCAUCUUCUUUUUUAUGGCCCCCCUGGAAGUGGUAAAACCUCAACCAUACUUGCCUGUGCUCGGCAGCUCUACCCUGGAAAACAAUUCCAUUCAAUGGUGAUGGAACUGAAUGCAUCUGAUGAUCGAGGAAUUGAUGUGGUUAGGAACAGAAUCCUCAGCUUUGCCUCCACAAAAACGAUCUUCCGAUCUGGUUUAAAGCUAAUCAUCUUGGAUGAAGCUGAUGCCAUGACUUCUGAUGCUCAAAAUGCAUUACGACGAGUGAUUGAGAAGUUCACAGAUAAUGUGAGAUUCUGCCUGAUUUGUAACUACUUGAGCAAAAUCAUACCGGCCCUUCAGAGUCGCUGCACACGAUUCCGCUUUGGCCCUGUUUCUCCUGACCAGAUGUUGCCACGUCUCAGUCACAUCAUUCAAGAGGAGAAUGUGCAGAUUACUGAGGGUGGUGUGAGAGCAAUAAUGGACCUGGCAACAGGAGACAUGAGGAAGGCAUUGAACAUCCUGCAGAGCUGUACAAUGGCAUUCCCAGAGGUGGAUGAGGAUUCUGUGUAUACAUGUGUGGGUGCACCGACACCCUCUGACAUCUCCAAUCUCAUUACAUGGAUGCUCAAUGAAUCUUUCUCCAUUGCUCUGGAAAGUAUCCUUUCUGUUUCUAUGUGGCCUCGUGAAAGGUGGUCCCCCUCACCUCUUAAGCUGAACAUUACUCAGACUUUCAACUCUACAAGCGAUUCAGAAAUAACUGUGUUGAAAACUAGCAAAGGACUGGCCCUUGCAGACAUCCUCACACAAGUGCAUUCUUAUUCACAUCGAAUUGAGUUCCCGGCAAGAGUGCGAAUCCAGUUGCUGAAGAAGUUGAGUCAGAUUGAAGAACAUGUUGCUAGUGGUGGGAAUGAGAAGCUUCAGCUCUCUGCACUGGUGGCUGCCUUUCAGGUAAAUACCACCCUAGCACUUCCAUGA